UACAUAAAACCCCCAAGAGAGUCCUGGCUUCUUCCAUACUGCAGAUCAACUAGAAGGAGAAAGUAGACUUACAAUAACUGAGACAUGACCGGGCGAGAUGACAUCUCAGAAGCAAAAUCAAAGGGGAAGAUCCUGGCACCCAGUGUGGGAAAUGAGAAACUGGGGAGGUUCCAUGGACCUGCAAUGAGAUCCAAAAGUUUUGCCAUCACUGACCUGCUUGGUCUGGAAACAGAGUUGCAGCCCCCAUCAGUAUCUCUGCCCAGCUGUGAGGGUCGAGGAGCCAGUCUAGGUGGGGUAGCCCUGUCGAAUGGCUCUUUCCCACUUGGGCUGAGCUUUCUGUGCGGCUUUGCAUCUCAGCAGCCCCCUGGGACUACAUGCCUUCUCCCAACUCAUAUCCCUUUUCUACAGCCCAGGGCGGACCACCAGUAUCUCCACGCGUCAGACAAGCACAAGGAAAACAUCUCAGAUGAUGACAGUAUACUGGGGGAUAAAAAUGAUCUGAAGGCAUCCAGCUCCCAAUCCAAAAGAAAGAAAAGAAGACACAGGACUGUGUUUACUGCUCAUCAGCUGGAGGAAUUAGAAAAAUCUUUCAAUGAAGCUCAUUAUCCGGACGUUUAUGCCAGAGAAAUGUUAGCACUAAAGACAGAGCUCCCUGAGGACAGAAUACAGGUCUGGUUCCAGAACAGAAGAGCUAAGUGGAGGAAGCGUGAGAAGUGCUGGGGGAGAAGCAGUGUUAUGGCAGAAUAUGGUCUCUAUGGAGCAAUGGUGAGACACUCCAUUCCACUACCUGAAUCCAUCGUCAACUCAGCCAAGAAUGGACUUGUAGGUUCCUGUGCUCCAUGGCUUCUCGGGAUGCACACAAAGUCUGUUGACAUAACCAGGAAAGCGGACGCCGAUGACCCUGCAAUAGAGCGUUCCAAGGGAGAUGAUUUCACAAGCCGACAUUCUGAAUCCCACAGAAGCCCACAGCAACAGAGCAACUCAAUGGACAUUUCAGAAGAGAGAGCCAUUGAUCUCUCAAGCACGGCAAAACAAGAGAACCAAUCUAGCGUGAGACACAACUCCAUUAGAGACAGUCAGAGCAACCUUACUGACAGUGAGCACUGAACAGGGUGGUACUUAGCUCGGACGAGAAGUCGAUAAUGAGAAAAAAAUGGGUGCUCUGCUGAUGAUAAAACAUCAAACAAUCAUGGACACUCAUUAUUGUAGAAUUAUUUUGAUAUUAUCAGAUUUUUUAAUGCAUUUUUUAAAUUUUUUAUUGAAAGAAUUUUCAGGUCAGAGAUCAAUUUAUUGGUGCAUAAUAUAAACAGCUGCAGUUGGAAUGAAAUAGCAAUAGCAUAUUAAAGGCUAUAUUUAAUUAAGGCUGCUGUACGCCAUUCAGUAUGUUUGGAGGAACGAAGGGCAACUGUCUGUUAAUAACGGCAAUUGGACAUUGGUCAGAAAGGGCGAGCGUUAGAUGGGGGUCCUAACGAUGCAGGAACACAACAUGUUUCAGGCUACACAGGCACUUUCUCAAGUGUUUAACCAAUAUGGCUGUAUAGCUCAAACAUACUGUGUGAUUAACAGUAUCUGUGUACUGGUACCUCCUUUCCACACUUAUUUAUGCUACUGUUGUACUAGUACUCCCAGCAUCCCCUGGCAUCUUUCUGAUAACAAUUUAAUCUCCACUCCAACCCAAGUCAAUUUAUUAUUAUCCUCAUAUUUUUCGGAUACAAAGGCGGUGGUUUUUUUUUCAUGUCAUUUGUCUAUGGAGCUCUGUAAACUCUCUACAGCUUUGAACUCGCUAUAUACAGUAUCACAGUUCAGUUAAAGCCUUCCUAUUACACAGUUAGAAAAUAUUGAAUUUGUUAUUCUAAUACAAAACAUGUUUUACACUUAGGGGGUUAUUUACUAAACCCCCGAAUGCAUAAAUCUCGAAAAAUUUGUGAUUUUUUUUUUCCAUAAAAUCUGACUUUUAAAAAAUCACAAAUUUUUCGGAAUUUAUUAAACCCAGAGGAUGGAAAAGUCUGAAUUAGCAAAUCCAGCACCUGUCGAGGCUGCAUAUAAGUCAACGGGAGAAGUCCCAAUGAAUUUUUUAUGUGCACUGGGUAUCAUGCAAUACCCCGAAGUUUUCAGGCAAAAAAAGCGUAAGAAAUUGACAUUUCUGGGUGAAAAACCUGAAAAAAUUGUGAAAAUCGAAUUUUUUCCUGCAAAGCUAAUUUUCGGAAAAAGUAAUAAUAAAUAAGUGUAGAAAAUGUUGAGAUAAAAUC